AGUUCUUGCAAGAUUUAUCAGGUGUCAAAAUUUUACAAGCCUAAUAUGAUAUGGCAUGUGUCUUUUCACGGAGAGCAAGAUGAAUUUAAAUGCUCAUGCAUGAGAAUGGACUCCAUAGGUAUUCCAUGUAGUCAUAUACUUGCUGUUUUGGGUUUUCUAGACAUUGCAGAGCUGCCAAAAUCAUUAGUGCUGCGAAGAUGGACUAGAAAAGCGAAGGAAGGCAUUAGUGGGUAUGAUGACAUGGGCGGCUUGAUGGAGGAUUCCUUGGCUAUCAGUCGGCGUGCAUGUUUGGCACAUUGGUGUAAACAAAUUAUGAACGAAGGGUGCCUAAAAGGGGAUAUUUUUAAUGAAUCACGAGAUGUAUUGGUAAAUAUACUUUCAUGUAUUAGGACUCAUAGCGGGGACAAUAACAUGAUGGAGGAGCAUGCGGAAUACAUGUAUGAAGACCUUGCAAAGAAUGGAAGUACUGAGAUAGAGACCACAAGGAAGCCUAAGCGUUGCAGCUACUGUCGCAAGGGUGGGCAUAACAUUGCUACGUGUUCUAUGAAGAAAAUGGAUGAAAGGACUCCCCAAUUUGAUGAUGACGCUGCGGAGAAUAUUGAGGGUGAAGACUACUCCUUCGUAGAUGCUGAAAGUGAUGAGUAUGUUCACACUGAAUGGUUUGAGGAGGAAGAUGAAUAUUUAGAUUCCUCAAGGUAUUAUGAACAGAGUGGUGGCGAGACUGAGUCCUCAAUGGAUUACGAUUCUGGUGGGGCAAAUGAUGAUGAUGAUGAGGCAGAGUUGUGAACCAUCCGUUGCAACAAUCAAAGAGGAGUUUAACAGCACUUUUUUUCUGUUUCUAUUAGUUUUACUGUUGGAACUUGGUUACAUCACUCUGAAUCUUAAAUACUUUAGAACAGGAGAAUGAGUUAUUCAUUUCAGAUAAGGGAUUGUUGUUCCCUCAUUAAUCUGCAACAUGCUUGUGACCUGACUUCAUUGCAUCCUUAUUUGAGCAUAAGCUAUAUUGGUUUAUCUUUAUUUGACAA